GUCUCACCUCCUGACCCCUCUAUUGCAUGCUGAGCCAUGUCCAAGAUACUAAGUGUGGGGAGAGCUGCUUGAAACCUGUUCGCACGACCGUGCUGCGUGUUUCGCCCCUGUACAAGGUCCGAUGCAGCAGAUAUAAGGCCUUCGGAGGCAUUAUCUAGGAUUUCCUCAACCAGGGCAUCACUACUCCGCGUAGACAAUGAGCGUGACCGCAAAAGCCGGAUACACAAUCUCAGUAGAGAGCGAACCUUACAUCUAUCAAGUCGGGUUUGGGAAUUCGUUUGCAUCUGAGGCAUUGGAUGGCGUCCUCCCUAUUGGUCAGAAUAGUCCGCAGAAAGUGAAGUACGAUCUUUACGCGGAGGACAUCAGCGGCACUACCUUCACCACACCGAGAGCUCAAAACCAGCGCACGUGGUUCUAUCGCAUCCAGCCAUCUGUCUCACACGAUGGAUUCAAAACUAGCAAGGAACAAAACCCUUGCCUCGAAUCCGACUUCUCUCCCUCGAAUCCCAAAGUUCAUGUUAAGCCAACUCAGAUGUCUUGGGACCCUUUCAAGCUUCCAACUGUGAAUGAGCAAGUUGACUUCGUGGAAGGUCUCAAGACUAUGGGCGGAAAUGGUAGUGCUGUUUCCCAUGAAGGCUUGGCCAUCCAUGUGUACAUGGCGAAUACAUCCAUGCAGAAGAAGGCAUUUGUGAAUAGUGACGGAGAUCUACUUAUAGUACCUCAAGAAGGGCGCCUUGACAUUCAAACCGAGCUUGGAAAAAUGAUGGUUAGACCUGGUGAAAUCGUGGUCGUCCAAUCUGGGAUAAAAUUCAAGGUCUCUCUCCCUGACGGACCAUCCCGUGGAUACGUGCAAGAAGUUUACGGUGCUCACUAUGAGCUGCCGGAGCUUGGACCGCUCGGGGCGAACGGCAUGGCAAACGUUCGCGACUUUGAACAUCCAGUUGCUAGCUUCGAUAUCGAUCAGUCAGACUGGGAAGUCCAAUACAAAAUAGGUGGCAAACUUUUCUCUUGCUUCCAGGACCACACCCCUUUCGAUGUCGUCGCGUGGCACGGAAACUACGUACCCUAUAAAUAUGCGUUGGAGAAGUUUAUCACAGUUGGGAGUAUUACUAAAGACCAUACCGACCCAUCAGUCUUCUGCGUUCUCAUUGUGAAAUCCAAGAUACCUGGCCUAUCACUUUCCGAAUUUUGUGUCAUUGGUCCUCGUUGGGAUGUUGCCAGCCAGACUUUCCGCCCGCCCUAUUUCCAUCGCAAUACAGCAGGCGAAUUGAUUGGGGUCAUCUUUGGAGAUCGUGCCAUGGGUCCUCCCGGUUUUGCCCCUGGUGGCAUGAAUUAUAGGACUAGUUUCUGCCCGCACGGCAUCACAACCGAAGUCUUCAAGGCUGGGUCCGAGAUGGAACUUGCGCCUAUGAGGGUUGGUGAAGGAUCUCUUCUGUUCCUCAUAGAGCCCUCUACGAUGCUCAUGCUAACUGACUAUGCUGUCAAGGGGAACGGGUUUCAAGGGAAGUCUCUAGUCAGCUUUGUACUUGACUGUAUGUCUGACGUUUUACUACAGAGAUAAGCACCGAACACUGGAAAGGGCUUGGACCCAAUUUCCUAAAGCACGUCGCGGAGAUCAACGCCAACCUAAAGACUUCUGGCCGCCCGGAGCUUAAAAUCAAUGGAAGCGGGUGAGGUUGAAUGUUGUGUAACUCCUAGGCGUGUUACUGUGAAACCGUGAUAAAUGUCACUUUACCUUUUGUGGUUGGAAGCUCAG